AUGUGCGUGGGGAUGGACGGGCCCCACUCUCCUUCAGUGUGUGCGUGGGGAUGGACGGGCCCCACUCUCCUUCAGUAUGUGCGUGGGGAUGGACGGGCCCCACUCUCCUUCAGUAUGUGCGUGGGGAUGGACGGGCCCCACUCUCCUUCAGUGUGUGCGUGGGGAUGGACGGGCCCCACUCUCCUUCAGUGUGUGCGUGGGGAUGGACAGGCCCCACUCUCCUUCAGUGUGUGCGUGGGGAUGGACAGGCCCCACUCUCCUUCAGUGUGUGCGUGGGGAUGGACGGGCCCCACUCUCCUUCAGUGUGUGCGUGGGGAUGGACGGGCCCCACUCUCCUUCAGUGUGUGCGUGGGGAUGGACGGGCCCCACUCUCCUUCAGUGUGCCCCUUCAGUGGAGUAUGUCCAAUGGCCGUCACGUUUGGGCUUCUGAGUGGAAUUCUUUCUGUCGUUGUGGCUGUUCUUGCCCUGAAGAACAGAAGUCUUCAGAAAGUCAUUAAAGAACUGCAGGAAAACUCCAACGAGAUUGAGUCCCAGGAGCUGAACUACGCAGAAGUCAAUGUCAGAGCUGCACAAAGACCACAGCGUUCACUCAGACAGAUGGAGCCUCAUGUGGUUUACUCGAGUACAAGAUGA